AUGCUCCAGAAGAUAGCUUUGGAAACUCCCAGUCGACGAUUCAAGCUUAUCUUAUUCUUGGUCGAUGCUGUCGAACUAUCUAUGUACAUCCACAACGAUCUCUCGCCAAAGCUUUAUCUGGGGUUCAAUAUAAUCAAGUUUUCGACAUGGAUCAUUCCAUUUGCGUGGAACAUCGUUAUGGACACUUCAGCUUGGCGCAAGAGCGGUUGGAAUGAUAUCUAUCUCCAUGUCGCGAUUGGUUUCUCAAGUGCCGUGUUUGCUACAUUUAUUGCCUCGCUUACCUAUGCCCUGGUGGUGUUCCGGACAUACCGACAGAGAGCUAAGACACUGUACGAGAAAUACUCGACAUCAGAAUUGAGCAGUUCGAACUCCGAUGUUUUCUAUCGCUGA